AUGUCGGUGCAAAGGACCACCACCAAAACACCUAUUGCAACACCCCUAAAAACGAAUAUUAAGAACACAAAGAACGAGAGUUUUAGAACUAUACUAAAAAGACGAACGAGGAGUGCAAGGAUCGGUAGUAGUAGUGCUAUUAAUAAGAGCGUAAAAGUCGAGAUGACGACGAGUGGUGGUGGUGAUGCUCCUUCUCAAAACGCAACCAUCUUCUGGGAUUUGGACGAUUGCUUGUACAAAAACGAUUGGACCGUCGCGAAUCUUUUAACAGAAAGAAUAGAGGAAUUCACGGUCGGUAAGCUCGGUCUAAAACCGGGAUACGCGUACGACUUGUACAAAAAAUACGGCACGUGCUUAAAAGGAAUGAUGGUGGAGAAGAUUCUGGACGAGAAAUCAGUGGACGAGUAUCUGUUGUGGGCGCACGACGUGCCGUUGGAAAAGCACAUCGGGAGAGACGAAAAACUGAGAGACGUGCUCCUGAAAGUGAAAGCGGAAGGUUUCCCGAUGUAUAUUUUCACGGCAUCGGCGAGGCACCACGCGGAGAAAUGUUUAGAACUGUUAGGGAUUUCAGAUAUGUUCAUAGAUAUUAUCGACGUGAGAGCGGUAGAGUGGGCGACGAAACACGACGAGGAGGCGUACGAAAGAGCUAUGGCGAUAGCGGGAGUGAAAGAGAGAGAAAGGUGCGUGUUUAUCGACGACUCGACGAGUAACAUAAAGAUAGCGAAAAAGAUGGGAUGGCACACGAUUUUGUGUGGAACGAAAGGACGCGAUUGUGGCUCUGUGUUAGUGUGCGCAGAAGCAAAUCAUAUCAUCGAAACCGCGCACGAAUUUUCUGCGGAGAAGCACGUGCCGCCGUUCGCUUUAGCCGCCGAGCAACCGAGUAAGUGA